AUGUCAACACAAGACAGUGGCGUUGGUCGUGCCAGAGGCCGUGGUCGAGCUCAAUUACUUCUCGGAGCGAGAGAAACGCAACGUCCAGGUGAUAUUGGUGGUGCUCUUGCAGCAGUGGUUAGUCCAGCACAACCAGCAGGAGCCGGCCCGUCUCCAUCAAUAAGUCUCUCUACAACAGUUUCACCCUCAUCGGCAACAACGACAACAGAAGUAAAACCGGGCGAAAAACCAAGGCGUGGUGGUGCACCAGUCGUUUUUCAGCAGGCUCCUCGUGGUAAAGGAAUCGAACAUUUAAUGGGCGGAUUAGAAAUAACACCGAAAGGAACACCGAUUGGUCGUGGUCGAGAAUAUACUUACGCUCAAGUCCAUGGUCCUCAUACACGUCCGGAACAUAUCAUUGAUAAAAGAGGAACCGGUGGUGAUCCUAUCGAACUUGUGGCCAAUUAUAUCAAAAUUUUAUCUCGCCCAGAAUGGGAAUUAUUUCAAUAUCAUAUUGAUUUUAGACCCGAUAUUGUUGAACAACGAAAGAUGAGACGAGAAAUCGUCAAUCAACAUCAAGGUGUUUUGAAAGAUGUUGCUUUUGAUGGAACAACAAUGUACUCCUUUAUUGAUAUGGGUGACGAGCGAAUUUUUGAAUGUCGACAUCCGCAUACCGGUGAAAGGAUCGAAAUGGUAUUGAAAAAAACAUCCGUCAACGCGCCAGAUUCUCCAAAUUUUUUUCAUUUGGCAAAUUUGAUUGUUAGAAAAUUAUUGGAAUUUAGUAAUCUGAAAUUGAUCGGCCGUAAUUAUUAUUCCUUUGAUCAAAAAAUCGAUUUGGAACGUUAUCGCUUGACGUUGUUUCCCGGUUUCAUGACAAAUGUGAAUGUUUACGAAUCUCAGUUAAUGAUAAAUGUUGAUUUGUCACAUAAAGUUCUGAAUAAAACAACUGUCUAUGAACGUCUACAAAAUAUAUUUACACAAUUCAAUGAUUACAGAAAAUCACAAGAUGUAGCCACAAAAGAAUUAGUUGGACAAAUUGUUUUAACAACGUACAAUAGUAAAACGUACAAAAUCGAUGAAAUUGAUUGGGAUAACAGUCCAACAUUUAAAUUUACCAAACGUGAUGGAACAGAACAAACGUUCUUGGAAUAUUAUGAAGAGCGUUAUCAAAUAAAAAUUGAAGAUGCCACUCAGCCACUCCUCAUCAGCAAACCAUCGAAACGAGAUCGACGUGCUGGCAUGACAGGACCAUUAAAACUUAUACCUGAACUAUGCUGUGUCACUGGCAUUUCGGAUAUAAUGCGGAGCGAUUUUGCCUUUAUGAAAGAAAUGAGUAAUUAUACACAUGUUGAUCCAAAUACAAGAUUCGCUCGUUUAAAUGGUUUGGUUAAUGAUAUGCAAGGAAAUCCUGAAAUACAAAAAUAUUUAGAUACAUGGGAAAUAAAAUUGGCCGAUCGUUUAAUUGAUUUUGAAGGGAGAAUAGUUCAGGCGGAAGAUAUUCUUUAUGCCGAUCGUGUUGUUAAAUAUAAAUUCGAAGAUGCCGAUUGGUCACGAGAGGGAAGAAAUUUAAGACACAUUAGUGCCAAAAGCUUGACCAAAUGGCUUGUUUUAUUUCCAGCCAGAGAAGUUGAAUUAGCCGAAGCACUUGUCGAUGCCCUAGGACAGGUUUGUACACCAUUUGGUAUGCAAUGUCAAUAUCCAGAAAUGGUUCAAUUGCCAAAUGAUCGCCCAGAAACGUAUUUGGAUGCAUUAACAACAAAAGUUUCCAAGAGUACCAACUUAGUUGUUUGUGUCUUGACGAAUAAUCGUAAAGAUCGUUAUGAUGCAUUAAAAAAAUACCUUUGCUUGGAUAAUCCAGUUCCGUCACAAAUGGUUUUAACAAAAACAAUUUCAAGACGACAACAAUUAAUGUCUGUUGCAACGAAAAUCGGUAUUCAGUUAAAUGCAAAAUUAGGAGGUGAAAUUUGGGGCGUUGCAAUACCAACGAAAACAUUAAUGGUUAUUGGUAUGGAUUCAUACCAUGAUUCAAAACGAAAGGGUGCUUCUGUUGGUGCUUUUGUUGCUUCAAUCAAUCCCUCUUGUACUCGAUUUUAUUCUCGAAUUAUUUAUCAACGAACCGCACAAGAACUAAUGGAUGGUUUGCAACAAUGUAUGAAAGAUGCCUUGCAAGAAUAUCAUAAUGUAAACAAUGCCUUACCUGAUAAAAUUAUUCUUUAUCGUGAUGGUGUCAGCGACGGGCAACUGGCAGUUGUAGCCGAACAUGAACUACCACAAAUCGUCGAUUCCUUGUCAAAGAUUCGAGAUGGCUAUGAACCAAAAUUAGCCGUCGUAAUAGUUAAAAAACGUGGCAAUGCUCGAUUCUUUGCACGAAGUGGUCGUUCGGUCGUCAAUCCACCACCUGGCACAGUGAUUGAUCAUACAGUGACAAAUGCCGAUUGGUAUGAUUUUUAUUUGAUUAGUCAAUGUGCUCGACAAGGGACAGUUGCACCAACACAUUACAAUGUCAUUUGGGAUCGAACAAAUUUAAAAGUUGAUCAUAUGCAACGAUUAACAUUUAAAUUAUGCCACUUAUAUUAUAAUUGGCCAGGUACAAUUCGUGUUCCAGCUGUUUGUCAAUAUGCACAUAAAUUAGCAUUUUUAGUCGGUCAAUCGUUACAUCAAGAUUUUCAUCAUUCAUUGGCCGAUAAAUUAUUUUAUCUAUGA